CUCCUUUGUCUCGACUCCUCGGCGACAAAAGAGUGUGCUGUGUUGCGAAAAUAUGGCUAGCGAGGAUCGACCUGGGACUAUCCAAAGACAACAGUCCAACUGGGCGGACGAGGUUAAGCAGAGAGACAAUCCAACAACGAGAGACGAUGAGACUGCUGGUACAUCUGGCAAUGCGGAAGGGCAGUCCGGCGCCGGGGAGCUUUCCGACCUCAUUAGGAUGGUCUCGACCAUCGAGUCCCAGGUGGGGUCGUUGGAGGAAGCCAUGGAUCCUCGGGGAUCACUGACCGAGCUUGCGGGGGCCUAUGGCCGACAGGUGUACGAGUCCCUGGGGUCAAUGCUUGGUCAGGCUCGAGCGGCGACGUCCGAAGUGGCGGAGAGGGUGCAGACGCUCUCGGGACAGGAGGACGUCGAGGUGCCGCUUGAAGUUCGCCAGCGGAGCGACAAUCUCCUGGAGAGGAUUAAGAGGGCCUGGCUCGCGCACACGGCACGGUGCCCCCCGCAAGAACUGGAACGCCGGUUGUCUCGGGAACCUUCCUUCUCUGUCCCUCAACCCACUCCCUCUUCCGGGAGCGAUCCUUCCAGCACCGCCGCCGUUGGCGCCGGCACCUCCCCGGCGGGCGUCCCCGCAGUGCCCACGCCAUCUGCGUCGCCCCCGCCUGCUGGGUCCCCGGCCGGGCUGGGUCACACCCGCCGCCGGCAAGCCUCGGGGGGCUCCCAGGAGAUGGUGGUCGGGGGCAGGCCCCUGACCCGGACUGUCACCCUGGAAGACGUCAUCAACGAGGCCGACGAGCGGGAAGAGGUGCACCGGCGGCAGCAGCAGCAGCGAGACGCCGCCGAGAGCGGCGGCAGUCGUGGUUUCGGCGACGACGGGGAUGAUAGCGCGAUGCCGGAAGCCCGUCCCGCGAAUGACGAGCGGGGUACACGCGGGGUGGCGGACGGAGAAGCAUUCGGUGGUGACCAUCCCGAAGGGGGGCAUUCGGAGACCCUCGCUACGAUUACUGCUGCCACUGCCACCGAGGGCCAAGGGUCAGACGGAGGAACAGUUGCGUCGGCGUCACCGAUGGAGGUGGAGGCGUCGGCAACCUCUGCGGAGGCCCCGCAGGAUCAGGCGGCCGGGGAAGGGGGGGUCGGGGUGUUCUCGUUCGGGCGGGGGGAUCUCGGAGCCCUGCUGCACGCGGACGAUGCGGACCACUCCGCUGAGGAAGGCCCCGUGGUGGUCAAGAACCACCGGUCCUUGCUACAGGUGUCCACCUCGCUGUUCCAUACCAUGGCUGUGACCGCUUCGGGGGAGAUCCUAGGCUGCGGCCAGAACGACGAGGGGCAAGUCCGGCCCGAUCUCCUGACGGAGGCGUUCUUGCCGCGGCCGUCCCUGGUGGAGCCCGUGCUCUCCCAUCGUAUCACCCAGGCAAGGCGCCUUGAGCGGUGGGGACAGUCGUGGUCGUCGAGACGGCGUGCCUCGAGAGUUGCAUGCGGAGAUCUCUUCACGCUCAUCCUCACCUCCCGGGCCGAGGUGUUCUCGUGCGGUGUCGGCGAGUGUGUCGGCGGUGACGGGAGAGACCGAAAACAGGCCGCCCCCGUGCCGUCCCUCGCCGGGUUUCCAACCGUGUGGAUGGCGUGCGGGAACAGCCACUCGGUGGUUAUCGGAGCCGGAGGUGACGCGCUGGGUUUCGGCUUGAACACACACGGUCAGCUUGGGGUAGGCGAGUUAGAAGGUGGCGAGGGGCCAGCAGUCCUGCACCCUCGACCGAUCGUCGGAACGUUCUCCAAGCCUCUCACCUUGCCUCCCGCCGCGGUGGCUACCCCCGACGACGUACCCUCGCCCCGAGAUUCAAACCCCACGGGAGCCGGCAGCGCUACCCCCGCUAGGCCCGCUCCCGCCGGCGCGGAAGGCGCCACCGCCGCUGCCGCCGCCGCUGCUCCCGCGAGCAGGGUCGGUGGUGAUAGCGCUAACGGCGGCCGCAUGAAGAGCGGGGCGACCCCGCCCGCCUUUCUGGCCGCCCGCGCGGCCUGCGGGCAGAGCCACACCGUGCUCGUCUCGACGGCGGGGGAAGCGUGGGCCUGCGGCCGCAACCGGUCGGGCCAACUGGGCGUCGAUCCCGACAUUGUCGGGGAGACCAGCACACCGGUGAGGGUCCCGCUAGAGGGGGAAGGGGGAGGGGGAGGAGCGGCGGCGGUAGGCGCCGUCCAAGCGGCCGCGGGCAGGGCGCACUCCUUGGUGCUGCUAUCCGACGGCAGGGUGGUCGGCUUCGGGAGCGACGAAUUCGGGGCGCUCGGACCUGCUGAGCCUCCCGUCGCCGCCGCCGCCGCCGCCGUUGGCGACAGCAUGGAGGUGGACACCGCGACGCACCGCUCUUGCUACCAUUGGAAGCCCACGGUCAUCGAGGCACUCAGCGGGCGGUGGGUAGCCUCGGUGUCUGCCGGCGGCGAGCAAAGCUUCGCGAUAGCGGUGGGCCCGGCUCAGCCGCCGGCCGUGGGGGCGGGGGCGGGGACAGCCCACCCUCCGCCCCCGUUGCCUUCCUCUCCGGGUGACGCCGCUUCUGUCGUUGGGGGCUUGGGGCGGCCAGACGAAAAGGCUCCCGUGGCGGCGGCCAUGUCAGUAGAUGGCGACUCGGCAGCAGAGCGGAAGUUCACGCCAGCACCAGCGGUCGCCGAGAGCGAGGCACGCCGCGAAGGAGGCGGAGAAGAUGCGGACCGGGGGCCAGGAAGCCUCGCCGGGGCUGCCGGGGCUGCCGGCCCGCUCGUGAGACGGGGCUCCGAGGCGCUGUCGCUCCGACGGCGCUUCUCGCUCCCUCCGACGCUGAGGAUGUGGACGGUGGGCGAGUUCCUGCAGCUGAUCAGGAAGGCAGAGGCAGCCGCGGUGACCGGGAACAGCUCGGACGUGGAGGGGGAGGCCAGCCGCGGGGGCGCGGAAGAAGCGGCAGUGCUGGAGGCCGUGCGGCAAACAUUCGCUUCGCCAUCGGUCCUGAGCGCGUGCUUCAACAUUGAAGCACCGGCAGAGGCCCGACAUGGCAACCUGGGGAGGACGCAGACGGGGGAAGGGAGGGGACAGGGGACGGCGUUCCCCCGGGUGGAUGCGGCGGGGUUGGAAGCUGUGUACGCGGGGCUAGCGGGUCUGGGGCCGAGGGUGGUGGACACUCUGUGGUCGUCGAUCGAGGAGGGAAUGGCAGCGGUCAGGGAGGCGCAACAAUCCCCUUUGACCUCUUCGAAAUCUCGGUGCUCUCGGCCAUCUUCAAACCCCGCGGUGCCGGGCCUCGAGGCCGCCGGAGCCUCGUUCCUCCUCAAGUACUGGCAGGGGUCGACCUUCUCGCGAGACGUGGGGGAGUCUCCGGACACGGGCAAGGACAUGGCCAUGGAGAGGAUCUGCAAGACGGUGCUCGGGCUCAAGGGGCACGCCCGCUGGUGGCUCAUGCGCAGCGUUAAAGAGGACUAUUCUGCGGAACUCUUCUCCUCCCGACUGGUCAAGCCCAUGGUCGAGCACCUUUCCAUCUGGCUGAAGAGAGUGGGACAGACGAGACCCUACUACCCUACCGCGGCUUUGCUGCUCAAGAUUCCAUACGAGGACUUCUUCAGCGACUACAUCUCGAACAUGCCCGCGGAUAAAGUCGUGCAGGACCUGCUCAGGUGGAAGGAUCAGGAACCCCUUGCUAGGAUGAAACGGUUCUUCCUGUGUGAGCAUCCCUUCUUGAUCUCUACCGACUUGAAGAAGGUAUGCGAUGGUGUGGAUCUCAGUGGUGGCAAGCAGAACACCGUAUCCACCACCUCUGUCACCAUCAUCAGCAAUAAUUGCAAUAAUUGCAACAAUUGCAACAUUUGCAACAUGAGCGUCGGCAUACUCAUCCUCCCCAUCAAGUCAUUACAUCGUCAUCACUCAUCAUCAACAACAACAACCAAAGCCGACCCUUCGCCCAUCCGUACGCGCAUCACCAACAUGCAGUUCCUGCUUAAGGCGGAAGCCAAAGUGGAGCAAGACAAGGCCGCCCAAGCCUCGGGGCACUACGUUCCCCUCGUAGGCGUGGUAAUCAGACCGUUCUUGGUGCUGACGGUCAACAGGACCCACUUGCUCCAAGAAACGUUGGCGCAGGCAAGCAAACAGGCUGAAAACGUUUUCGGUCUCUCGACGCCGUUUCGAGUACCGGAGACUUUGGUUUAUUCUCUUGGGGAGCCUAUAUUUGCGGACGCCGUGCGUCCGACGAAUGUGAAUCUUUCGUGUGUUUCCCGGCUACCAGAUGCGGACCUGCGGAAGAAGCUGAAAGUGGUUUUCCGCGGAGAGGAUGGGGUCGAUGAAGGAGGAGUUGCGAAGGAGUUCUUUCAGCUGCUGACUGUCCAGCUGUUCGACCAGUCCUUCGGCAUGUUCGUGCCGGCGGGAGAGGGAGGCCGGGUGCUGUGGUUCAAUAAGGACUGCGUCUGGGCUGACGAGGAGUACGGGCUGGUCGGUCUGUUGGUGGGGCUCGCGGUCUACUCGGGUGUGAUCCUGGACGUGCCCCUACCGCUCGUGGUGUUCAAAAAGCUCCUCGGGGAGCAGCUCUCGCUAGAGGUAACUUGGGAUGAUUUAGGGAUGGAGCGCAGCCACGACUUGGUGGAGGGGGGCGCGAAUAUCCCGGUGACGAGCGAGAACAAGGAGAGUUACGUGGAACUAUACGCGCAAUUUCUUCUGGUCGGGGCGGUCUCGCGGCAGAUGGACCACUUCAAGCAGGGCUUUCUUAGGGUCAUGUCCGGGGCGGCUUCGAUAUCCUUGUUCAGCCUCCUCUCGUGCGUAAGCCAGCCACCGCCCCGUAGUUGCUUCUUUUCUCAAUCGCUUGUUUGUUUUAUGCCAAGUUUCAGGGCUGAGGAGCUCGAAGUACUCGUCACGGGAACGUCCGAACUCGACUUCGAGGAGCUUGCCAAGGCCACCGAAUACGACGGGGGCUACGGGGAGGACCAUCGCACCAUACGGGCUUUCUGGCGCGCUGUGGGGGAGAUGCCCGCCGAGGAGCAACGGCGCCUCCUCAUGUUCGUCACGGGCUCGAAGAAGGCUCCACUUGGUGGGCUAGGCAAGCUCACGUUCAAGGUGACCCCGGAUGACCUUCGGGUGAUCCAGCGGGCGGGGCCGGACACGGAUCAUCUUCCCACGGCCCACACGUGCUUCAACACUCUCAUGCUCCCGGAGUAUUCGGGAGAGGAAAAGUUGACGAGGCUCCUCAAGCGAGCCGUCACGGAGUGCGAGGGUUUCGGGCUAAGGUAAUGCCGAUGGGCAACCCAUCUUUUGAGGAGGCAUUUUUGGGUUCGCACAAGCAGUGUUAUUGUCAGACGUGGAUGUAUUUGGCCUGUAGUAUUGCCAAACCUUUGUCGGGCGGGGAGAUUUUGAAGUCGAAGGGAUAUGCCUGCAGUGGGCCGAUUUGAAACUAUUUUCGGGUGACCCUAAACCCGA